GAGAACGCUGGUGGUGAUGAUCGAUUUCAGUUUAAUCAACUAAUGUUUUGUAUUCCGCUGUUUYWUYCACUGAAAACUCGCGAAAAGCGUCUAAAAACGUUCAAAAUCACUCUAUAAACAAGUGCUUUUCGUGAUGAGUCUUGCUAAGGUGAAACGAAGGAACAAAAAGAUCGUGACACAUGGUGUCAACAUGGUGGACGUGAAGCGUUAUUCGCUGCCUGUACCACAGCCCAUACAAUAUCCCGAACCAUUACUCCGAACGAGACCACUUAGUAUGGCGGAUCCUCCCGAAUCUUCUUUGCCUCCUAUGGUAUUAGAGAAGCUACGUGAACUCAACACGGAGCUUGCUGAAGGUGAUAUAACUCAAAAAGGUUAUGAGAAAAAGAAAUCUCGUCUUUUGGCUCCCUAUGUUCAGACACGAGAGACAAAAGUGGUUUCCAAGACAUCAAUAACACAAUCUGGUCCAAUAACAACUGAGCAAUAUCAUAAUGCCAUACAUAUACAAGCUGCACUAGUGGCACAAAACAGAACCAARAGUUCUGAUGUCCCAUCACCUUACAAGAGGCAGUCCAUGAGACAUGCCAAUCGUAAYUCAUCUGACAAUGGAACUCCACAAACACAGGUUUAUCACCACAGAACAGAUUCAGUGUCAUCACAAGACUCUUUUAACUUACCGGUUGCUGAYUACACGCCUCCUCCAUCCCCUCAUGUUGACAAGCCCUACACAGARGACUUCCCUGCCCCACCCCCAGAAAUCAGUAAUGUACAAUAUACACAGAGCACAUCAGGAGGGAUAACACCACCACCGGAUGUCACAAGAAAGACCUCYGAUACAAAAGCACCAACUAGAGUGGCUCAUGUCCAGUCAUUGAGAAUUGCAGAUGAGAAUACUGAGGGCUCAGUUGCAACAAGUAGAGUUUCAUCAAAGAUCCAGCAACUUUUAAAUACUUUAAAAAGACCAAAGAAAAAACCCUUAGAAAACUUUUAUAAAGAGGAUGAUGCUGAGCUCUUAGAAGCCACAAAAGCAGACCCMAAUGCUCCAAAGCCAGAGGGCCAGGUGUUAAAACCAGUAAUAGGGGAACAGCUUCAGGUCAACCCMAAAGAUGUUCUACGAUGUUUAGAAGAAGCAGUCAUGAAUUUUGGURCCAAGUCUGUUAAACAACCAUGUUGCAGUGUGAUUGACAGCCAUGGAAAGACGUCAGCUGUACUGACYUAUGGUAAACUCAUGUCAAGGUCUAUCAAAGUAGCUUAUGCUCUUUUGAAUAAAGUAGGAAGUCAUAAGGAAGGGACAUCAAUCAUGGCAGGCGAUAGGGUUGCACUGGUUUAUCAAGUGGAUGACCCRUUAGGUUUCAUGACUAGUUUUUAUGGCUGCMUGCUGGCUGGGGUCAUUCCUGUUCCUAUUGAACCUCCUCCUUCAAAAGAUUAUCCAGGAUGUCAGCAAAUUGGUUUUCUGCUGGGCAGUUGUGGAGUAUCUUGGGCUUUGACAACAGAAGGCUGUCAAAAGAGUCUUCCUAAAGAUGACACAGGACAUGUUUGUCACUUCAAAGGMUGGCCUAAACUACAGUGGUUUAUUACUGAAAAUUUGAGUAGACCAACACCAAAAGAUUGGCAACCACCUACAAAUCUAGAYAGAAGCUCACCAGCAUACAUUGAGUCUGUGCUUGGUAAAGAUGGUAUUGUACUUGGUGUGACAAUAACUAGGAUGAGUAUGGCUCUACAUAGCCAGACAUUAACCCAAGCAUGUGAUUAUAGUGAAGGGGAGGUCAUGGUGAGUGUUUUGGAUCCAAAGAGAGAAGUAGGAUUGUGGCAUUCUGUUAUGGCUUCUGUGUUAAAUGGAAUGCAUGUUGUGUAUGUACCACCAUCAGUACUCAAAAACUCUCCUGCAAUGUGGCUUCAAAUGGUCACAAAAUAUAGAGCAACCUGUGCUUUAGUGAGCUCACGUGAUUUGCACUGGUCUUUACAUGCCAGCAAGGAAAUCAAGGAUAUCAAUUUAUCUUCAAUUCGAAUGUUACUUCUGGCAGACAGAGCAAAUCCUUGGUCCUUGUCAGCUUGUGAUGCAUUCCUGAAUGCAUUUGAGAGCAAAGGUUUAAUCCCAGAGUCACUUUGUCCWUGUGCAAGUUCUUCAGAGACAAUGACAGUAUCUUUACGAAGGCCUGGCAAGCCUGGAUCAACAGCUACUGGUAGAGGAGUGUUAUCUUUGUCAGGACUGAGUCAUGGAGUUGUACGUGUAGAUAAAGAAGGGUCUUUAACAUCACUGACUCUGCAAGACUGUGGUACUGUGUUACCUGGAGCCAAGAUAGCUGUCAUCAAACUGGAUGGAUCUCCUUGUCUGUGUAGAAGUGAUGAAGUUGGUGAGCUGUGUAUAUCAAGUGGUUCGACAGGCAGUGCAUACUGGGGACUGGCUGGCAAAACAAACCACACUUAUAAGGUCCAACCUCAUAAUGAAGAUGGCAUUCCUAUUGAUCCUUACAUGCAGCAUGGAGACUUUGUCAGGACUGGUCUUCUUGGCUUCAUGGGCCCAGGUGGUCUAGUGUUUGUAUGUGGUACUGUUGAUGGUCUACUAAAGGUCAGCUCAAGAAGACACAACUGUGAUGACCUCAAAGCUACCAUUCUUGCUGUGGAUCCCAUCAAGUUUGUAUACAGAGGACGCAUUGCKAUCUUCUCUUUUAAUGUCCUCAAAGAUGAGAGGAUUGUUGUUGUUGCUGAGCAAAGACCAAACUGUACUGAAGAAGAAAGCUUCCAGUGGAUGAGUCAUGUCCUCCCAGCAGUUGAUAGUAUCCACAAUGUUGGUAUUUAUUGCCUUUGUUUGGUGUCACCUGGUGGACUUCCUAAGACAACAKCAGGUGGUGUACACAUCCAUGAGACAAUGCAGAAAUUCCUUGAAGGUUCUCUUCAUCCAGUGAACAUCCUAAUGUGUCCUCAYACAUGUGUWACUAAYCUACCACAACCYAGACAGAAACACCCAGAACCUGGUCCUGCUGCGACUAUGGUGGGUAAUAUYGUCAUGGGGACACGUAUUGGUGGUGCUGCAGGUAGAGAGAUUGCUGAUAUGGGUGAAGAGAAAGACUUAGCAAGAAAGUACCAGUUUUUGUCAGAGAUAUUGAAAUGGCGGGCACAAGCUACGCCUGAUCACGUGCUAUACACUGCUCUCAAUUCAAAGGGAGCUGUAUCGACWACGUUGUCCGUUAUUCAACUACAUAAACGAGCUGAACGUAUUGCUCAGUUUGCUCUGGAGUGUGGAAAACUUACAAGUGGUGACACUGUAGCCUUACUCUACCCCCCUGGUGCAGAUUUUAUAGCAGCUGUGUUUGGUUGUAUGUAUGCUGGUUUAAUCCCAGUCCCUGUACGACCACCUCACGCCAACAAUAUCUCCUCCACCCUUCCGACGGUGAAGAUGGUAACCGACGUUAGCAAAGCGCGUGCUGUACUCACAUUAAAUUCUAUCGCGAAACUAUUUCGAACUAAAGAGGCCCUCACUGUGGUUGAUAAUAAGUCAUGGCCACCUAUUCUAUCGACUGAUGAUAUUCCAAAGAAGAAGUUGACUAGUCAAUACCGCUGGCCGACGCCUGAGAUGAUCGCUUAUCUAGAUUUUAGUGUGUCAACAACAGGGAUGUUAUCUGGAGUGAAGAUGUCUCAUGCGUCGGUCACUGCGUUGUGUCGGUCAAUGAAGCUAGCAUGUGAACUCUACCCGUCCCGAGAUAUCGCUAUCUGCUUAGACCCUUACUGUGGCUUGGGCUUUGCAUUAUGGUGUUUGAUUGGUGUGUACUCCGGACAUCAUACUAUACUAAUACCUCCAGGAGAUCUCGAGACCAAUCCCGCUCUUUGGCUAUCGGCCGUGGCUCAGUACAAAGUACGAGAUACGUUUUGUUCAUAUCCUGUGAUGGACUUGUGUACGAAAGGUCUUGGUCAAGCUAUUCCUACACUAAAGGCCAAAGGGAUCAACUUGACGUGCGUUAGGAACUGUGUUGUUGUUGCUGAAGAAAGACCACGAAUCACACUAACCACAGCUUUCUGUCAUUUGUUCUCCGGUCUUGGUUUAUCUGCACGGGCUGUUAGUACUUCGUUUGGUUGCAGAGUUAAUGUAGCAUUGUGUACACAGGGAGCAUCGACUCCUGAAGCCUCCAGUGUKUACGUAGACACGAGGGCUUUGAGGAAUGAUAGAGUUACCAUUGUCGAACGAGGAAGUCCAAACAGUGUCUGCUUAUUGGAAUCAGGAAAGAUUUUGCCUGGCGUCAAAGUUGUCAUCGCAAAUCCAGAAACYCGUGGAAUGUGUGCAGACUCUCAUCUCGGCGAGAUUUGGGUGAACAGUCCUCAUAAUGGCGCCGGCUAUUACACCGCUGGWGAUGAUAAACAGUUAGACGAAAGGUUUAAUGCUUAUAUGACCACCGGGGAACAAAACACGCCGUAUGCACGUACCGGGUAUCUUGGGUUUAUUAAGAGAACAGACUUUACUCAAACCGAUGGAGCUCGACAUGACGCUUUGUUUGUGGUGGGUUCCCUAGAAGAGACCAUGAUGCUUCGCGGUAUGCGUUAUCAUCCAGUAGACAUCGAAAAUACSGUUAUACGAUGCCAUAAACAUAUAUGCGAAUCCGCCGUGUUCACCUGGACWAAUUUACUCGUGGUAGUGGUGGAAUUAGACGCUGACGAAAGUCGAGCUUUAGACGUCGUCCCUCUUGUUACGUCAUCGGUGCUUGCUGAACACCAGUUAAUAGUGGGCGUGGUGGUAGUCGUUGACCCAGGGGUGGUACCYAUAAACUCGCGAGGUGAAAAACAACGAAUGCACUUGAGAGACGGCUUCUUGGCCGAUCAAUUGGACCCUAUUUACGUUGCUUACAAUAUGUAGACUACGCAAGAAAAUUAAUAGAAAACAAAUGAUGGGAGAGGAGAGAUAGUUGAAGAAAGACGUCGUCGAAAAAGACAAUUUAUCGAAAGAGAAUUCGCAAGCGGAGAGACAGUUAAGAAAUGAACAGUUAAGGCGUUGCUAAAUUAAUUUUUGAAUAAUUUGAAGGUCAAAGAUACUAAAAAUAAGACUUAAUUUCCCAUUUUAUUAUGAUUGAGCGACGGCAUUAUUUGUUUUAAAAUGUUGUUACGUCCGCUAGAAUUUUACUAGUUUGUAAAUAGAAUAGACCGGCAUUUUACCAUUACUACAGGAAUUUCAUUUAAAKUUUAGUCCAUUGCAUAUCAGUGAAGCUUGAUUUCCACGAAUGUUAAUAGUCAWAUAUUUAAAUAGAAUCCCACAAUAAUUGAAUUUGUUUUAUUGCCUUGCUUCACUAUUUUUCCGAGAAAGAUAUUUUUAUUUCAAUUGAAACUGUUCAACUUUCGCCKUACGCGAUCAGUGCGCGUAUCAAAACAUGUGUAAUCAGUAAACCUUGCUCUUGAAAGUGAUUUCCAGGUYUAUCCCACAUGCGUUAACGCAUGACAAAAGGCGAAAGUUGUACAAUUUCAAGUACAUGUUACAGUUUGCACGGUUGGCGGAAAAAGUAGUUAAAAAACAUCACGAAAGCAAGUACAUGAAACUAGGAGUCCUUCUCCGGUUCGAAACAUGAACAGUUCUUCCUAAAACCGUGCAAACAUCAACCAGCCAUGAUCAAGUUUUUAUUGCCGUGUCAUAAGUUAUAUUGUAGUACAUAUUGACCUUCGCGAGUUGUCGUGAUGAACUAGAUGUUAUUUUUAGUUUCUGCUUGUAAAGCUACUAGUUGAGUUUGUAAAAUUAAGUUUUGGUACAACCAAACUAGUUCUAUUUUUAAUGUGUAAAUAAUAAAAAAUGAAAACAAGCCA